CAAAGCAGCGCAGUCAAUUAGCUCGGCUCUAAACGGUUCGAAUAGACAUUCUGCCCGGUAGUGCUAAGGCGCCGUUUGCGUGCCAUUUUGCAACUCAUCUCCUCGGCGUUAGCUGUUACUCAUUUGCCUUUCUCGCCUCUCGCGCGCUGCGGGGCAGCAUGAAGGGAGCUAAGGCAUGCCUGGCGCUGAGCACGCUGUUGCUCUCGCUGGGGGCUCGAGGCGGCCCUCCUUCGCCACCAGAGGAGGAGCUGGUGGUGCCCGUGAAAGUGGAUUCCGUCGGGCGGCAGCUGGCGGCCGACGACCAGCUCUACCACCUGGACGCCUUUGGCGAGCGCUUCAGUUUGGAGCUGAAGCCCGACGGCAGCUUUUUAGCUCCGGCUCUGACACUCCAGUAUGUCGGCAGCCGCCCCCGAGGCCGGAGCGAGGAAGAGGAGGCCCACCAAGCGCUCGGCGCGAACUUAGCCAGCUGCUUCUAUUCCGGCACAGUCAACGGGGAUCCGGCCUCGGCCGCAGCGCUCAGCCUCUGCGGGGGAAUCCGCGGCGCCUUCUACCUGCGCGGCUCAGAGUAUCUCAUUCAGCCGGCCAACGUCUCCCAGGGUCCAGGAGGGGAGCAGCCUCAGCUCCACCUCCUGAGCCGUUCUCGGCAGAGCCGCCUCCCCCGUGGCAGCGGCACUAAGUGCGCGGUGCCUGACUCCGACGAAACUUCGGCCUCUACAGGGCGGCGGCCCCGAAAGGAAAAGCAGCAGGCGGACUACGCGACCCGCGCAGGAAACGGACCUAUAAGGAAGAAAAGAUUUGUGUCGAGCCCCCGCUAUGUGGAAACCUUGCUUGUAGCUGACCAAUCUAUGGCAGAGUUCCAUGGCAGUGGACUGAAGCAUUACCUUCUCACACUCCUGUCUGUGGCUAGUAGAAUGUACAAGCAUCCUAGUAUCCGGAACCCUAUUAAUUUGGUGGUGGUGAAAAUAAUAGUCAUCUAUGACGAGGAGAAGGGGCCUGAUGUAUCUUCAAAUGCUGCUCUCACUUUAAGGAAUUUUUGUAACUGGCAGAAACAACAUAAUCCUCCCAGUGACAGGCACGCAGAACACUAUGAUACUGCAAUUCUUUUUACCAGACAGGAUCUCUGUGGUGCCAAAACAUGUGACACUCUUGGGAUGGCUGAUGUGGGAACUGCUUGUGAUCCAAACCGCAGUUGUUCUGUCAUAGAAGAUGAUGGCUUGCAAGCUGCUUUUACAACCACUCAUGAAUUAGGCCAUGUGUUUAAUAUGCCACACGAUGAUGCAAAGCAGUGUACCGGUAUUAAUGGUAUAAAUAGGGAUUCUCACAUGAUGGCAUCUAUGCUUUCCAACUUGGAUCGAAGCCAUCCUUGGUCUCCGUGCAGUGCAUACAUGAUAACUACCUUUUUGGAUAAUGGUCAUGGAGAAUGUCUGCUGGACAAACCUCACAAGCCAUUGCUUUUCCCUUCUGAUCUUCCUGGCACAAUGUAUGAUGCUAAUAGACAGUGCCAAUUUACAUUUGGGGAGGAAUCCAAACAUUGUCCUGAUGCAGCUAGCAUAUGUACAACUUUGUGGUGUACUGGUACUUCUGGUGGAGUGCUUAUGUGCCAGACCAAACACUUUCCUUGGGCAGAUGGUACCAGUUGUGGAGAGGGAAAAUGGUGCAUGAACGGCAAGUGUCUUAAUAAAACAGACAAGAAGCUAUAUGAUAUCCCUGUUCAUGGACGCUGGGGCUCAUGGGAACCAUGGGGUGAGUGUUCAAGAACAUGUGGUGGAGGAAUACAAUAUUCUGUGCGAGAAUGUGAUAGCCCAGUUCCAAAGAAUGGAGGAAAGUAUUGUGAAGGCAAGCGUGUGCAGUACAGAUCCUGUAACACUGAAGAUUGUCCAGAGAAUAGCAAAACUUUCAGGGAGGAACAGUGUGAGGCUCACAAUGAUAUUUCCAAAUCUUUUGGAACUGGCCUUACAGUGGAAUGGGUACCUAAGUUUGCUGGAGUCUCUCCCAAAGACAGAUGCAAGCUGGUUUGCCUUGCCAAAGGAACUGGCUAUUUUUUUGUUCUUCAACCAAAGGUGGUAGAUGGAACUUUAUGUAGUCCAGAUUCUACUUCAAUUUGUGUUCAAGGGCAAUGUAUAAAAGCAGGAUGUGAUCGUGUCAUAGGAUCCAGUAAGAAGUUUGAUAAAUGUGGCAUCUGUGGAGGCAAUGGAUCUACCUGCAAGAAAGUUUCUGGAAUGUUUUCUAAUGUCAGACCUGGUUACCACGAUGUUGCUGUGAUUCCUACUGGGGCAACAAACAUAGAAGUGAAGCAACGAAAUCACAGGGGUACACGGCAAGAUGGAAGCUUCCUUGCAAUCAAAGUGGCUGACGGUACUUAUAUUCUCAAUGGUGACUAUACACUAACAACAAUGGAGCAAGAUAUUACUUAUAAAGGAAAUGUUUUGAGAUAUAGUGGUUCAUCUGCUUCUCUGGAAAGAAUUCGGAGCUUCAAUCCACUGAAGGAACCAUUAACCAUACAAGUCCUUACUGUGGGCGAUUCAUUACGAUCUAAAAUCAAAUAUACCUAUUUUAAGAAGAAAUCAGCACAGUUGGGUUCUGAGGAGCCUUUCAGUAAGACUGAAUCUUUCAAUGCAAUCAAGGAGACAGUUUUAUCUGAAUGGAUUAUAGAAGAAUGGGGAGAAUGUUCUAAAUCAUGUGGUACUGGCUGGCAGAGGAGAUCUGUACAAUGCAGAGACCUUAGUGGGCGACCUGCCUCGGACUGUGCAAAAGAACUCAAGCCAAGUGAUAUACGACCAUGUGCAGACACACCAUGCCCACGAUGGCAGCUAGGAAACUGGUCACCAUGUUCCAAGACAUGUGGGAAGGGUUUCAAAAAGAGGUUAUUAAAGUGCAUUUCCUUUGAUGGUACAAUUUUGACAUAUGAAAGCUGUGACCUUUCAAAAAAGCCAAAACAUUUAAUAGACUUAUGUAAUGUUACACUUUGCAGCUAAACUAUAUUGGAAGUCUAAAGCUAUAUAUAUAUAUAUAAGUAUGUACGUAUGUAUGUAUAUUCAGACCAAAGCACUGAAAUUGAAGUGAGAGGUAGCAACUAUAAUUUGUACGUGGAAAUUCAGAGUAGAUUCACUGAGCUGGGACAGUGCAAAUAUUAUUAGAUGGUGUUAAAUCCUGGUGGAGUGGGAAGGAAUCCUGUCAGUAUGAACAAUAGAUAAAAAUGCCAGUUUAGUUGCUAGCAAACUCAGAAACACACAUCUCUUAAUCUUAGUUUUUUUACAAAUUAAACAGAAUAUAUGCCAUGGCCAAAACAAUUUUUUAAAAAAUAUGUUUGCAUUCUAGCGGAAAUUGCAUUUUUUUAAACUUCUGGAAAUUGUAUUGUGGUACUGAUGAAAUUCCUUUCCUGAUCAAAGUGGGGAAGAAAAGGCAGUUCUUUAAUUAUUGGUCAGGUCUUGCCUACCUCACAUGUAACAAAACCCUCAUUAUUUAAAUAGAGUUUUCAACUAUAUUUUUCAUGGAGAAGCGAAACAAAUAGUCCUAGAUGCUUAAAGUUCCAAACAUUAGAAUGUAUUUAAUCUUCUUAAGAAAUACCUUGCAGUUCAAAGCCACAUAUUAAUUAGGAAGAAAGAAAGAAAGAACUAUUCAAAAUUUAACUCCCUUCUCUAUCCUUUCCUUUACCACAUUUGUUCCAAAAUCAAACGGACCUUUGGAACAUAUGCCUCGUUUUUAUAUGAAAGCAGGGUUCUUCAUGAAGGAAUAAUCCUGACAAGCUGCCAUUUCACAUAUAGUAACAGUUGCCAUGGUGGUCAGCAGUAACAUGCUUACAUACGACCUUUUGCAAACAUUAAAUUCCACUAUAAAUGGAACAUCUCUUAUUACACCUUUCCAUAUCCAAAUGAAUUCCAGAUGUGCUCAGCCAACAUAGCCAAAUACUAUGCUGAUUGGGAAAUACAAGAGUUAACAGUCACAAGAUAUCUGGAAGACCCUUAAGUUGUCUCAUUGCAGACAACAACUUUACACUGCUGAAAUCACUUGUAAAGCAGGGAAGAUUAAGCUGCAGGAUAGCAGGUCCAUCCACAGCAGUUUUCCAAUAUCUGCAUAUUUAAAGUUACUUGCUAAGCUAUACACUAUGAGAGAAUAUGUCUCUUCAUAUGUAUAUAGUAAAAGGUAUUACUAGAAAUGAUACAUACUUUAUAAGUAUUUAUUUUUUUUCCCUUCUAAGAAGGGUUAUAAUUGAUAACAAAUGCAUAUACUGUAAUGAAUGUAUUUAUUUUUCUAUUUCUUGUCUAAAACAAUUUCUUAAGUUAUCACCUUUUUAAAAAAAGACAUAUAACAAGAUAGAGUAUUUAUGCAAUAUAAUAUGUUACUAGAAAUAAUAAACUAUGAAUUUUUGAAAUUGAGAGUUUUUAUUUUAUAUACAUUUCUAUCACAUCCUCAAUAAGAAUAGCUAGUCUGACUUUAUCACAAGGCAUAUGUUAAGAUAGACUUUGUACUUGCUACUGCCAAGCAGCAGAGUCAGGGUUAGAGUAAAUUAAGGUCUAGAUAUUCUCUUGUCCCACUGGAAUGCACAUUGUAUAUCGACUCAUCAUUAAUAGAACCAGUGUUAUGGUGAUCUACCUUUCAUGCUUAUCUGGAUUUAAUAUAUAUUCAAACUGAAGUUAAGUAAUCUAGUCCUAGUCACAUUUAUGUUCCUUUGAAUUUCAUGUUAAAUUGUACAAGGCAACCUUUUGAAAUUUAAUUGCAUGGUAAACCAUUCAUUUUUGCCAUUUUAUAAUGAAAACACAUCUGUUUACCUCAUAUGCUGAAGUCUGAGGUUCUUGCUGUGAAUUGUGAAAAUUAUUGGGAUAGUAUGGUGAAAUAGUUCAUUUGAUUGAUGCUGUAAAAAGUGUCUCUGCAGAUGGAUUUUUAUAUUGCUGUUGAGAAAUAAAAUCGAAAAUCAGAUUAUAUAAUAAAUGAUUGUACAGAAUUAUAUACUCUAGAAACCAAAUUUUCCUAAAAGUAUAAAAGAAUCUCUGGGUAAAUAUUACUAGUGAGCAUACUGAA